GAGAGAAAGAGAGGUAGAAGAGAAGGGGGCGUGACAAGAGCACGCACUUUUAGAAAAGCUGCUGUACAGAGCUGAAGUGAAAGGGACAGUUUUACACUCUUCUCUCCUCGCAGCUCUUUGUUUCUUUUUUCCAUGAGUGCAGCAAGUGUGCUCACGUCUUUCGGUUCUUCUGUAAUGCCUGGCCCAGUAAUGCCAGUGGACAUGACUAUGAGAUUCUACAUCAGCCACUCUCCACCUCCUCUCCGAGGUUUCCUCAGCUCCUAUGAGGAGCUGCAGAGGGCCAAGAACCACGUCAACCAGUCCACCUCCUGUAGCCACAGGCAGCAGCUCUACAAGCCCCUGCGGCCUUGCCUCAGCAGCCAGCAGAAAGGAGGGUCAGAUGGCGACUGCAUCAGCUGGAAUGGAAAGGCUGGCAAGAAGAGGGUAGUGUUUGCAGACACGAAGGGUAUGUCACUCACUGCCAUCCAUGUGUUCUCCAAGUUUGACGAUGACCUGUAUCAAAACAAGUGCUGUGGAGGAAUCAUGGACGAGCUGCAGUUUGACAUGACAGACCUGGAAACAAUGGACCUAAAGAUCAGCUCGGUGCGCAGCCUGGCACUGGACUUUAAACAGCCCUCAGCUGACUACCUGGACUUCCGGAACCGCCUGAUUCAGAACUCAGUCUGCUUGGAAAGCUGCUCACUGCAGGAGCGCUCUCUGACUGGCACCAUUAAGGUCCGAAAUAUCGGGUUCGAGAAGUCCGUGCAGAUACGCACCACCUUUGACUCAUGGGCCAGCUUCACAGAUGUAGAGUGCACCUUCAUGAACAACAUCUAUGGCUGCCCGGACACUGACACCUUCUCAUUUGUGGUGGAGCUGCCUGCUGAAGUCCCACCACAGAAUCGGGUCGAGUUCUGCAUCUGCUUCAAGGUCCAGGGCCAGACCUUCUGGGACAAUAACGACGGUAAGAACUAUGCUCUCAAGCACAUCGACUGUAUCAGAAAGGGCCUGAACGCUGUGACAACCCCAACUUCUGUUGAGCAGAAGCAACCUUCACGGCACAAAAGUGGGAAGCCACUGGAGAUGGAAUGUGAUCAGUUUGGCAGCCCACGCAUGUCCAGCGGACUCUUCCCUGGCUGGCAGAGCUGGGGUCAGAUUGAUAACACUGUGCCUUACUGGUGAAUAUAUCUGAAUGUUUGCUGACAUGGCACUGAAAUAACAUAACAGAUACUGACAGGGCAAUGAGCAUGAAUCCAGCUGUGGGUCUGAGCUCAGGCUGGUUCUCAGCCAGAAACUAAACUUAGGCAUCAAGUUAUAGCAGAGGAAGUGCUGUAAUGUGCUCAACUUGCCUGCUUUAUGUUGUCAUACGGUCAUUUGGCUGGAAAGAUGUGAUGAACUGUAGUUAGCCGGCAAGGAAUUUAUGGGGGAAAUGUGUUGCCUUUCACAUAUUCCUCUUUUGUAAAAUAUUAAUGUGCCUUCUCAGAGUGCCUGACCACUAAAAAGCAGACUAUUUGUUCAACCCAUGACUAAUGUUAAGCCCUUUCCAAAGGCCUGAUGAAUUGUUUAACUAUGCACUGGGUGAGAUGUCCAUUUCAAGGUGAUGUCUGUCAGCUGAAGACAUGGAAAUGGAGCUGAUCAAGUCCUUCAUAUUGAAGGGAAAGCACAGGAAGCGCAUGGUGAUGAAAUGCUUCUCUGAUUAAAGAAACAGUUGAAUGCACACUAACAUUUGCACAUUCAAAAGAGAAUAGUAUUUAAUAUGACUCUAAGUGGCCUUUGCUUUGGAUCAAACCUGAGUCAUUCAGCCUUUUCUUUCCCUCCUUGGUAAUCGCACAUUUAUCUGAUGAUUUUGAGAUAAGUUUGUUAAGGUACCAAGCUGCUAUUACCAAAUGUGUCACUAUAGAAACUCUGCAUGUGACUGCUUGUAUCAAAAAGGGAGGAAUGUUGGAAAUAUGUCAGGAAAGACAUGAUGUUAAGAGCAAAUGUUUUUCUAUUUGCUUGUUUUCUCAGUUUUGUUAUGAGUGCACAGCAUGUGUGGCUGGCAUGCACUGUCAGUCAUGUAUUUCCCUUUCUGAAAUAAAUUUUUGUUUUUCUGCUACAAUG